AUGGCCUCCCUCCAGUUGGUCAGCGGGCCGGACCCGCGCUGGAAGGAGCAGACCGUCUCGCACGUCGCCCUCGCCGAGUGGGGAGGAAAGGCUGCAGCCAAGGCGAGCCAAGCCGUGCACGCCAACGGGACGCCGUCCUCGCCCCCCGUCCACGCGCCGCCACCCGCCAGGGCGGCGCCGCCCACGGCCGCCUCGCCUCCUCCCGCGCGACGGAUACCCGCGACCUCCGCCUCUGCCGGCGCUGCCACGCCGCCGCCGCCCGCAGUGCCACCUUCGGCCAACACACCGGACUGGCUGCACGAGGCAUCGACGAUACAACAAAACAACAUCUCGACGAUGGCUGCGGCGGCGGAGCUCAUCCGCGUGCUCGGCAUCUGA